CGUUAUCAGUUGCCAACAGCAGGACAAGAGAGGUACUGCUGGUCUGCUGCUGCUUGUUGCACAGCAGUUCACUGUCUGACAGAUAUGGACCGUAUUUGUUAGCCUAUGUAGUUCUGUAUUUUGUGUCUGUGGGACCAAGCAGCAGAGAAGUAGACUUCGUGCAUAAGAUCGCUUUUUUUUUUCCAAACGUGCAGGAAAUGAUGCGUUUCAUGCUGCUUUUCAGCCGGCAGGGCAAGCUGAGGCUGCAGAAGUGGUACACAGCUACGGCUGAGCGUGACAAGAAGAAGAUGGUGAGAGAACUGAUGCAGAUAGUUCUCGCUCGUAAACCAAAGAUGUGCAGCUUUCUGGAAUGGAGGGACCUAAAGAUUGUCUAUAAAAGGUAUGCCAGUCUUUACUUCUGUUGUGCAAUUGAAGAACAGGACAAUGAACUAAUUACAUUGGAAGUCAUUCAUCGUUUUGUAGAGCUGCUCGAUAAAUAUUUCGGCAGUGUCUGUGAGCUGGACAUCAUCUUUAACUUUGAGAAGGCCUACUUCAUUUUAGACGAGUUUCUUAUGGGUGGAGAGAUCCAGGACACAUCAAAAAAGAGUGUCCUCAAAGCCAUUGAACAAUCAGAUCUACUGCAAGAGGAGGACGAGUCACCCAGGAGUGUGUUGGAGGAGAUGGGCUUGGCGUAAUAUGCAUUCAGCAGUGUUGUGAGACUGCAGGUACCGAUUAUUGGACAGAACAGGAUCUGGAAUUGGUCAUUGUUGGACUAAUGGGUUUGAAUGACUUUGUAAAAGAUCUGAGGCUUUUGGGAUUAAUGGAAAUAAUUCCAGUAAAUAUUUGAGAAACCCAAACAUUGAUAGGCCCUGGACUUGUGUGUGUGUGUGUGUGUGUCUUUUGUGUGCAUUUCUUUUGUGUCUGUGACAAAGUGUUGGGAAAUGGGUUACAGUCUUAUUUGUGGCUGUCAGUGUGUGUGUUUUAAAUUUCAAAGAAGUCCACUCUGCUGAUGGUGAGCAACAAGGGCGAAAAUCCAGUUACAAUCAGUUACAAAAACCAGUCAAGCACUCACACUCUCUCGCGAGUGUUUCAACGCUGCUUAUUGUGGAAUUGGAGUAGUACCAAAAAGAAUCAUCACCUAUUUCUACUUUUGUAUUUCUUCUUUUUUAAGAAGAAAUAACUGAAUGAAUAGACCAAAAUUAGCAACCACAAACCAACCAUGAUCAUUUCUCUAACCUGCUUUGGUGUGUCGGCCAUCAGGGGUAUUUUUCAUAGUAACAGAUGUGUAUAUUUUUAAACAGGCGUUUGUAAUUUCUUAAAAACAGAUGGAUACAGCAGCUUGUAGCUCACCAGACAACACAUUGUCGUUUGACACUGAAUUUUAGUGGCCGAGUGAUUAUUAUGAAUGGCAGUAGAACAGGUCUGUGUCUGGUUUGUGGAUGAUGUGUAUGUCUCAUUAUGGAGUAAAUCUGGUGGUACUUGGAUUUAACCUGCAUGUGAGAUUUUGUGAUGGUUCAAAAAGGAAUAAACGAAGACAUUUAAAGCCCACAUUUCUCAUGCAUCUAUUAACAUGACUUAAUACUUAAUCGCAAUAGUCAACAUGGCACUCCUCUUGGUUAUAUUUGAGUUAAAGGCUGAGCUUAAUUUAUUAUUGACUUUUUGUGUUUUAUGGUAUUUUUAUGUCUGUCACACGCAGCAACAAAACACAGCUUUUGAAAAUUACUUCUUGAAACUGAUGUUUGGAAAUAUAUCCACAGGAUUGGUUUCUGGAGUGUAUCUAUAUUGGCCUUCUCAUGUCAAUAGCCAAAAGAAUCAAGCAGCACAAAAUUAAGAAGCACUCAAGGCUACUUGUGACACACACUUGUCACAAUAACCCAUUUUAUCAGUGAUUCCCAACUAGUGGGCCGCAACCCGAAAGUGGAUCACUGACUUGUUUUAGUGGGUCAUGGGCCCUUGACAGGGCAAAAAAUAGUGUUCAGGGAAAAAAAAAUCAGUUUGACCCAUUAACACUCUUUUACAGUAUGUGGCAGUAAGUAUCUGUAUUGAGCAUGGGGAAAUGCAGAUACGACACAGAACUCAGUGUUUUUUUGUGCAGCGAGAUGUUGGUAUGUGAGGCUGUCAUAACUGAAACUCCAUUUGGAAAAAAUCACAUCAACUUGUCAAAGAUAAACCGGUGGGUAGAGUACUUCCAAAAGUUGGUUUCAGAACCUGAGGGCCUGACAAAAGGGUUUUACCUUCAUCUCUUUCAAAGCAUGCUGUUAUUUCUUAUCUUGGCUUCAAACACACCUCAUCAAGUUUAAAAUCUAUUUGGUUUUUGGUUGUGGGGUGAUGGUGGGUCCUGGAGCUACACCACUGCUCUGAGUGAUUUUAAUAAAGGAAACAAACAGACUUGUUACUAAAAGUAAAAACUGACUCUGCAUAAAAGUUUCAGUGUGUCUUAUUAAAAGUGGUCCAGUGGCAAAUAA